GGUCGGCCAGGUGGUGAUGGGUUAAAGGGACUUGCUGGAACACCUGGACAGGAUGGUCGCCCUGGGAUACCAGGUACCCCUGGUAUCUCCAUUAAGGGAGAGAAGGGGGAUCGAGGAGAGAGGGACAGUGGCGUGGCGGCCAAAGGGGAUCCCGGAACACCAGGGAUACCAGGGCCUCCAGGUCCAGAAGGUCCAAAAGGGCUUCCUGGAUUAAAGGGGUCCAAAGGCGACAAGGGUGAGGGCAUAGAGGGUCAGCCUGGCCCCCCCGGAAUUCAAGGAGAGCCCGGUGAACGAGGACCAAGAGGGCCCGCUGGUGAAAGAGGAAAUAAGGGUGACCGGGGCCAAGCGGGACAGCCAGGCAUCCAAGGGGACAGGGGAGAGAGAGGACCAACUGGGCCCCCAGCAGAGAAGGGGGAGUCUGGUAAACCUGGUUCUUCAGGGCUGCCUGGACCCAGAGGUUUGCCAGGGCCCAGUGCAUCUCCAGGAGAGAAGGGAAGCAAAGGUGAACCAGGAGAGCCUGCAGGUGGUGGUACUACUCUACCGGGGAGGAAAGGAGAGCGGGGAGAGACGGGACUCGCUGGCCCUGAGGGAGCAAUAGGAGAGAAGGGGGAGCGAGGCCCGAAAGGAGACAGAGGACUCCCAGGGGCUGGUGUGCAGGGACCUGCUGGAACUAAAGGAGACCAAGGAGAUCGAGGCCCACCUGGUCUAGGGGGAAGACCUGGAGCAAAGGGUGACCGUGGUGAACCAGGGGAGGUUGGGGAGGCUGGCAGGAACGGGUCCCCAGGACCAGCAGGCGCACGGGGGAAAGAGGGAGAGAAAGGAGACAAGGGAGAUGAAGGAACUGCAGGCGAGCCAGGGGUGCCAGGAAAGACGGGGGAUCGUGGCGUGCGGGGUUUACAAGGUCCGCAAGGACAAGUGGGGGAGAAAGGAGACGUGGGCGAUCCAGGAGAGCAUGGACGUAUUGGUAGUCCUGGGCCUGCUGGACCCCGAGGGUUUAAGGGAGAGCAGGGAGCUCAAGGCCCCCCUGGCCCACCAGGAUCCGCGACUACAAGUGAUACUAAGAUGAAAGGCGAGAGAGGGGAAAAGGGGGAUGCGGGAGACCCCGGUGAACACGGGGGCAAAGGUCAGAAAGGCGAGGCAGGUGGACAGGGACCUUCAGGACCAGCGGGAGCUGAUGGACUGAGGGGACUUGCAGGACCCAGAGGUGAAACAGGCCUGAGGGGUAGUCCUGGAGAAAAGGGAGAGAGAGGAGCUGCUGGACUGGAUGGCCGUAAUGGGCUGGAUGGAAAACCUGGAGCACCUGGAGCAGUUGGACUACGAGGUGACCCAGGAAAGCAGGGGGAUCCUGGCAGAGACGGUCUGCCAGGACUUAGGGGGCCGCAAGGACCACUAGGACCAGCUGGGCCUCCUGGAAACGUAGGAGUACCAGGAAAAGCUGGAACAGACGGGAAGCCUGGAGAUCCUGGGAAAAUGGGAGAGGAUGGUACACCAGGGGAGGAUGGAAGAAAGGGUGACAAAGGUGAAGCUGGACCUCCAGGAAGAGACGGUCGUGACGGUCUGAAGGGGGACAGAGGAAUUACUGGUCCCGUCGGUCCAGUUGGCCCUCCAGGUACCCAAGGAGCUCCUGGCCCCAUCGGACCCCCUGGGCAGGUUAUUUAUGUAAAAGGAGCAGAACCAGUGUCCUUCCCCGGGCCACAGGGACCUCCCGGAACCCCAGGGGUACCUGGGAUACCAGGAGCUGUAGGAGCCAGAGGAGAAAAAGGUGUAGCUGGCACCAAAGGAGAAACGGGGGACCCUGGAGAAGAUGGAGCUCCUGGCAAACCGGGGACGUUAGUGGAUGUCAGGAGGGCUUUUUCAGACAUGGGCAUUGAGGUGAACGAACUGAAAGUCUUGAUUAGUAAGAAAGACGUGAAGCCCAUUUCUGAGAAAGGCCAGAGCGGAGAAAAGGGAGAGACGGGGCAAAGGGGACCACCUGGACUUGAUGGUGCUCGAGGUCUCCCAGGGGAGCGUGGGUCCAAAGGGGAGUCGGGAGAUAGGGGUCCCCCUGGCCCCCAGGGCCCUACAGGCCGCGCCAUCGGAGAACGGGGACCAGAAGGACCGCCAGGCCAGGCAGGAGAGCCCGGAAAACCAGGAAUACCAGGAGUUCCAGGACGUGCCGGAGAGCUGGGCGAAGCUGGAAAACCAGGAGACAAGGGAGAGAGAGGAGAGAGAGGAGACAAAGGCGAGCCUGGCCGAGUUGGUUUGACAGGGGCUGUAGGACCCCCAGGACCAAAGGGGGAGAGUCUUGCUACUGCGUCUAGCGUUCCUGGACCUCGGGGUCUUCCUGGAAUCCAGGGCAUCAGAGGGGAGCCCGGGUCCGCAGGACUGCCUGGAACAAAAGGAGACAGGGGUGUCGCUGGUUCUCGGGGAGAAAAGGGGGACAGAGGUGACCACGGAGAGAAGGGCCGUGAUGGCUUUGCUGGAUCUCCCGGAGAACCAGGGAAACCUGGAUUGGAUGGAAAACCAGGUUCCCCUGGGUUCCCAGGUGUAAUAGGCCGACCGGGUAAUCCUGGAGAAACAGGCAUAAGGGGACCAACAGGUCCAAUGGGUGGCAACGGCCCUCCUGGUCCACCAGGAGUGAAAGGCAACCAGGGACCGCCAGGUGUCGGCACUCAAGGACCUCCUGGAGCCCAGGGCCCCAUGGGAUUGCCUGGCCCUGCAGGAACCCCGGGCGCUGUGGGGCCUCAAGGGCCACCAGGUCUGCCUGGGCAAGUGGGUGAGAGUGGCAAGCCAGGUGUACCAGGAAGAGAUGGCAUACCAGGAAAAGAGGGGACACCAGGAUUACCUGGGAAACAGGGUAUUCCUGGGCCAGCGGGACCCUCAGGGCUAAAGGGAGAGCAGGGGGACAGUGGUCCUCCAGGCAAGAGUGUAGCUGGUCCUCCAGGAGUGAAGGGGGACCGAGGGUUUCCAGGUCAAACACUACCUGGCACUGCAGGUGAGCCUGGAGUAUCUGGACAAAAGGGUGAGAGGGGAGACAAAGGACCUGCUGGAAUCAAAGGAGAUAAAGGUGUGCCUGGAGAUGAUGGAACACCAGGGGAAGAUGGCUUCCCAGGACCACCUGGCCCUAAAGGAGACAAAGGGGAAAGAGGAGUGGGACUCGCAGGCCCUCCAGGACGAGUAGGACCUGCAGGGCUGAAGGGAGACACUGGCCUCCCCGGGUCGCCUGGCCCUCCAGGGCCCCAGGGUGCAGCAGGAAUUUCGGGUCAGCCUGGCGUAAGAGGAGAGGUUGGGCCUCCAGGACCCCCUGGACCAGUAGGAGAGAGGGGUCUACAGGGCUUUGUCGGGAGAAUUGGCAGCCAAGGAGCACCAGGAUCUGCAGGACCUCCUGGCCCUGCUGGUGCACCUGGCACAAAUGGCCUCAAAGGUGACAAGGGGGAGUCCGGAGUGGGAGCUCCAGGAGCUAGAGGAGAGAGAGGAGACCCCGGGCCCCGGGGAGAGGAAGGGCGUGCUGGAGUGGACGGAGCCCGAGGGCCUGCGGGUUCUCCUGGUAGCAGAGGAGACAGAGGAGAAAAAGGAGACGCUGGUGCUCAAGGAGACAAGGGAGAAAAGGGGGAAACUCUGCUUGUUGGAGGGGAACAAGGAGAGAAAGGAAUCAAAGGAGAAAGGGGUGACCGAGGCCCUAAAGGGGUUCAGGGGGAAAAGGGUAUAAAAGGAGAAGAGGGACCUCCAGGACUACAGGGUAUACAGGGAGAGUCCGGGGGCAGGGGAUCCUCUGGAUUCCCCGGAGCACGAGGGCCCGGUGGACAGAAGGGUGAAGCUGGUAUGCCAGGACUACCAGGCGAAUCGGGCUCUCCAGGGAAAGAUGGCUUACCUGGACUGAGAGGCGAAAAAGGAGAGUUUGGCAUGACAGGACCACGGGGGAGCAAGGGGGACCGGGGUUCUAAGGGAGCCUGCGGAGCGGCUGGACCCAAAGGAGAAAGGGGUGAUGCUGGGCUUCAUGGGCGUGCUGGUAUGCCAGGGAGGAAAGGAGAGCAGGGAGAAGUAGGUGCUCCAGGCAUCACUGGGGCUCAAGGCAAAGAGGGCCUUAUUGGCCCGAAGGGUGACCGAGGAUUCGAUGGCAUCACCGGGCCUAAAGGAGGCCAAGGGGAGAAGGGUGAAAGGGGGCCCCCUGGUAUCCCUGGGCCCCCGGGGCCAAGAGGUGUGGAUGGGGCUGCAGGGCUUACUGGCCCCCAAGGGCCUGCAGGGGGCAGAGGGCCUGAAGGACUGCAAGGACAGAAGGGGGAGCGUGGCCCUCCUGGUCCUGCCAUGGUGGGAGCCAGGGGUAUCCCAGGUAUACCUGGAGAGAGAGGAGAGCAGGGCGAAAUAGGAUUGUCUGGAACUAAAGGAGAUAGAGGGGAUCCAGGCUUAACGGAGGAUGAAAUACGCACAUAUGUUCGCACUGAGAUGAAUCAGCACUGUGCGUGUGGAGGUGGGUUGGACUCUGUACCCCUCGUGCCGCCUCAGUCCUAUCGGGCUGGCCGCAUGCCAGACCACACCCGGACUCGGCUGGGUGACGAGGGCCAUGAGCUGCGUGUGGUGAUGAACACUAACGACCCAGACUAUCAGCACAUCUACUCCAUAGAGAGCUACGACGACCCACUCGCAGAGGUCGUCGACCUACCCCCCUCAGCCAAUCAGAGCAAAGGUGAAGUAGUUUCCGUUGAUCCCUUGAAAGUUGUGAGACCCAAGCGGGAGGCAGAAGACCCUUGCCUGCUCCCUCUGGAGGAGGGGAAUUGUUCCCGCUUCACACUGCGCUGGUACUUUAACUCUGCCGUCCGUGCCUGCCGACCCUUUGUAUAUAGCGGCUGCGAGGGCAACGCCAACCGCUUCACAGAGUUAGAGGAGUGUGAGGAAAAAUGUCUGCUAUGAGGGGUUGAACAAAAAGGAUAUGGCUGAUAACUGGCUGCUUGUACAUGAAGUACUUCUUUCAUCAAGGUGCUAAGGAGUUCCACAUCAGAAUCCUCAGAACCUCCCUCAAGUUUUCCUAUCUUUAUUUAUUGUAUGAUGAUAAACAUACCGCAUUAGGAAGAGUCAAUAGCAUUUCAUAUAAAUACAAAGAAACACAGUUGUGAAAGACCUCCAAAUACAUGUCAGAGACUUGCACACUUUAAAAGCUAAACUUCUGAAUGGCCAUUGAUGUAAGUAAUGGGUUUGUUGUCUGGCCUCCAUACUUCUGUUAAAAUGGAACCAACCUAAUCUUAACACUGUUUUGGGACACAGUGGGUCUAUCAAAAUAAAAAAUGAGGCAAAGUGUUUUAUGUAUAGAAAGGAUCUGUAAUGUACAUAAUCAGAGAGAGAGGAUAUGCCUCAUGGGACUCAAAUUUUUAUAAUUGCAUGAAAUGUUUUAUAAUAAAGUAUCAGAUGUUUUUCA